AAACUCCAUGCAUUUUCUGCCAUGAAACUCAAACCAUAGGGAUAAGGAAACAGAGAGACAGAGAAACAGAGCUCUAAAAUGAGCUGCUCAUUCAGCUUCCAAAUCCCCCAGGCGCUGCCUUCUCUCGGCCGUUCCCGGCGUUCUUCUUCUCUCCCAAUCGCCUCUCAACACAGACAGCCCAACAAUGUCGAUCCUCAAAAGACAGUCGGAAGCAUCGGUCAAAACCCAAUUGACUGUUCCCACCUGAAGAAAUCGAACUUGGCAAUUCAAGUUGGAGCAGUUUUGGCCACCCAGAUUGAGCAGCCUGCAUUUGCCGUCACCGGAAUCAACUACGAGGAAGAUUUGACAUGGGUUUUAAUACAGUCCGGAGUUGUUGCCUUCUGGUACUUCCUUAUCAUGCCGCCAAUCAUCAUGAACUGGCUUCGGAUUAGGUGGUACAAGAGAAAUCUCCUAGAGAUGUACUUUCAGUUCAUGUUUGUCUUCUUGUUCUUUCCUGGAGUAAUACUUUGGGCACCAUUUCUGAACUUCAGGAAGUUCCCACGGGAUCCAUCCAUGAAGUACCCUUGGUCGAAGCCAGACGAUCCUGACCAAAUAAAAGCUGGGUUUCUAAAGUACCCAUUUGCAGAACCCGAAGAGUACUCGUAGAAAAUACAGACGUAUUUCCGUACGCUGCGACGGAUGCAGUGGAACAUGUACAAUGUUAUAUCUCAAUGACACAUAUUUGAUACAUAUGAACUUAAAUCCACAACUUUAAUGAAUGUAACGAAGAAUCAAACCUUGAAUUCAAA